UUUCAGCUGUCAAAUAAAGCUAUGUAUAUUCUAGAGGAAACAAUAAUCGCCUGAUGUAUCACUAAUCGAAACCGCUUUAUUUAAUACUUUUCUUUAAUUUAUGCUUCCUUGUAGAUGUAAGUCAAUAUAGGAAUAAAGUAUCUCGAAUAAAAUAUAAACAUUUUGACACCAGGAUAGCAUUUAGUCAGAUUCAGAUGGCAUGUUCUCAUUCUAGAUUGUCAGCCUUUAUUAAAAACGCUAUGGUUUUUUCAAUCGUUCUUUAAAAGGGCAAGCUCGCUUUUAUGACUUUGACGUUUAAUAUAAACUCAUCAUUUGUGGUUAUGGAGACGUGCAUUAGAAUGAUAUGAAGUCGGUGCUUUUUGUCGCGACUCAAGGUACUAAUGUUUUGUGAUGUAUAGCAUAUUAAAAAAAUCCUUCAAAAAUACGCACUUGCGCUUUGGACAACAUCGACAAUGAAAUAUGAAAAGGCCAUUCUUGAGCUCGACUUUCGUUUGGCGGAGGACUUUAGAAAUAAAGCUAAUAUUGCUCAAUCUCUAAUUAAAGUGAUUUUUUUUUUUAUCAGAGGCGAGAAAUCGAGAAAAUAAGGGAUUGAUAUGAAAGAGGGAGAGUAAGAUUUACGAGCGCGUCCAAAUUUUCCCGAAACAUUUGUUAAGAAUUCUACGCAAUAUUUCGUUUAAAACCUGCUGGCCAACGAAACGUGCGAGAAAUUUGAGGAAUGGUCCUUACAGCGAGUACGUGAUUUUAUGAUGCCCCUUAAAUUCACACGUCAGUAGAAUGGAGAGCCAUUUUCCUUUCCUUCAGAGAAAAUGAUCUCAAUUUACGCGCGAAAACGUGCUGCGGCCCUGUAAAUCCGCGAUCAUUAGCUUGUACAAAGCGAUGACGUCAGACAACUCAUUCAACACCGGCCACCCUAAUUCUAGGAUUGGUGUAGCUUACAAACAUACAACCGAGUGAUAAGGGGAUAGAAGGCUAGAUCAACAUGAGAUAUCAUGCAGCUUUACUUGCAGUUUUGUAUAGAGAACUUUUUGUAUGUUUCUGGAAUUACCAUUUACCUAUAUAAAGAUCCGUAAGUAUUCGUGAAUUUAUCGUGACAUUGACAAUAUCUCCGGAUACUACUUCAUGUUAACAAGUUUUGUUGCCUGGCUCCCUUACUUGUAUAUGCAGGGCUGUAUCGUCGAUGCAUUUUCGAUAAGUCACGCAUUUGUCAUUGACCCUGGAAACUAGCAAGUAUUUAAUGAGGAAUGGAUUAUAUUUUCGUAUUUUUUUCCUCACGGGUUAUGGUCUUUAAGAAGUUCAGCCAGGCUGUGAACAGGGUGGGGUUGUGCAGGCAUAGACUGAGAAAGAGGGGUUGUGCAGGCAUAAAAAGCAUGGACAUGAGGGGGAAAUGAGGCAUAGAUAUAAGAUUGAUUUUUCUACAGGAAUAGGCCGCAUUGUCGCGGUCAAGGAUGCGCGCUUCCGGCAUCCACCCCCUAGCUAGACGCCUUCUACUGCUCUAUGCCGAAGCCGUGUUCCAAACAGGACCUUAUCGACGAAAUAAUAAGUCAAUUAAAUUAUAUCUGUGGGCGAUGGUCUGCAAAAAAAGUCUAUCUUGUUUGUUUUUGUUUGUUUGUAAUAGUUUUAUGGUGACCUCUCAAGACAUGCAUUUAAAAAUUAUAUAAAAACACUGAUAAAACCGUUGUCUUUAAAACUUGAACAGACAAUUUCAAUUGCUUCUUCUUUCCUUUUUUUAUCGUCGUAGAAUUCUUUAAGUCAAAGUGCUUCCGUAAAAACCAGCAAGAAUUCGUGAUUAAAUACGUUUUCUGGCCGUCAUUUUGAAAGAGAAGUCUGGAAUCUAGACGUAUUAGAAUAUCACAGGUUUGUGGCACACGAUCUUAGAACCAAUCAGAAUGGAGAGGUUGUAACCACUCUCACUUCAAAAAAGAUAUUGCUACUGAUAAAACCCUACAACGGCGCUCCUGUCUUGAUAUUAUAUAUGUCUUCCAAAGUGCUUAUCAUCAGUUGCUUUUUUUUUACGCAAAGCUUGUGUUGGCCCUGGUUAUAGUCUUGUCGAGACAUCAUCAUAAAAGUACCUCUUCUCCUACUUAGUUCAAGAGCUUUACACACAAAACGUCUCAAAUUACCAAUAGCACUUACGGAAAGUAUUCAUAUAUGGCCAAUGUUGUUACUAAAGUCAAGUAGACACAGUCCAGAAAACUCCGGGCAAUAUUAAUCCCAUAUUCAAUGGCACGAAAUUCGGGCAACACACGGAUAGCAGGGAAACAGCAUGGCUGUCUAUUGAAGACUUGUGCUCACUGACUAAAGUCUCACCACUAUAGCUUUACUCAAGCAAAUUCAAGGUAAAACGAAUACAUAGCGGGUGACAAGAGGAAUCAACGGGAGACGCUUACCAGACGAGGCCUCUCCCAGGAGGGACGGGAAUCCGAGAAAAUUCCGAGGAGACAACAUUAGAAAAAAGCAAUGUAACGCAAUAACUCGCGCAAUGUAACGCAAUAACUCAAGCGACGGAACUACCCUGAAAAUCGUUCAUAGCAGUAGCAUCGUGCUCUUGUUUUCCUGGAAAACAAUUCUUGGAAAGUCACCAAGCAAGUGCAAUCAUUAACUACGAAAAGGUUCUACUUCGAAAAACAAUUUACAGCAAGAGCCGGAAUCUUGGAAAAAGCCAUUGAUAUAGUAUAACGUUACAGAAGAAAAGGGAAUUCCAAGUUUCGGGAGGAAAGUAUUGUUAGACACGUAUUCUAAUAGGGCGCGAUUCCCAUAUGUUUACAAUGUCAAAUAACUCGUCGUACUUCAAUGACUCCCUGGCGAGGAAUACGCAAGGUGUGUUCUCCCACUCUGGUGGUGAUACAGGGGGCGAGUCCAUGACAUUCAAAGUCCUCAAGCUCUCUCUGUAUGCCUUGAUAUUCCUUAUCAGCACUGUUGGGAACAGCUUAGUGUGCAUCGUGAUCGCCCGUCGCCGGCGAAUGAGAACGGUUACAAACUACUUCAUACUAAACCUCGCAAUUGCAGACCUUGCUAUCACCCUCAUAUGUAUACCAUUCGAUAUACCAGUUCAGGAGAAUGGCUACAAAUGGCCUUAUGGGGCGUUCAUGUGCAAGAUUAUGUACCCGCUUCAGACGAUGUGCAUGUUUGCUUCCAUUUUUACCCUUGUGGCCGUCAGUUUAAACCGCUUCUGGGCGAUAGUGUACCCACUUCGUCAAGAAAUGUCUAAGUCCCAGGCAACCAUUAUUAUCAUUUUGAUCUGGUUUAUCUCAUCGGGACUGACUGUUCCAUACGUAACAGUAUUAGAGCUAAAAAAUGGCGACGACUGCUCCGAGAGUUGGCCAGAACCAGGAUAUCGCAAAGCUUACACUGCGUGUAUAUUUGUGGUACAGUAUCUCCUCCCCUUGACACUCAUAGCCUUCGCGUAUCUUAAGAUUGGUUUUGAGUUAAGGAAAUGCGUAGGAACGCGAACCGCGAACUCGGCGCUCGAACGAGCCAAACAAGAAGACACUAGGAAGGUAGUACGCAUGCUCAUUAUAGUAACACUGCUGUUCGCAAUGUGCGUCUUACCGAACAACGUAAUGUGGCUAUGGCUAGACUUUGGCAAUGGUAACGAUUAUGAACACAUUUGGGAAAUGGUUGCUGUGACUAAUAUUAUACUAUUUGCAAAUAGCGCUACUAACCCCGUGGCUUAUACAAUUUGUAAUGAGAGAUUUCGCGAAGAGUUCAGGCUGUAUUUUACGUGCGACCCAAAGAUAUUCCACACGAUGCAGACGACUAUAUUCAAAAGUUUUAGAGAAGAAAGUGAGGACUGUUCUCAAGCUCCCAAGUUGUUUAAGAACUCGGAGGAGGUUCUUCUUGUGACAGCAAAAGAAACAGUAGUUUAGCGAGCGAGAAAUUGGGUAUUUAAUUAUAGCUAAAGAACUGCACCAAUGGUGUUUAUUACUUUGCCAAAUGUUAAAUGGUAUCAGAAAAGCAUAUGAUCACGAAGGAGAAGGGUGGGAACUGGGUGGGAAAGGCUAUCAUUUUAUCCCUCAAGGUUAUUCUUUGGGCCUUCUUUUAGAUCUAAAAUUGAUGUUGGCAUCGCCCAUUCUGCUAUUAUAUGAGUAAGGGCAAAACAUAUGAUUAUUGAUUAUUGCACUAAAAUGAAUUAUCCCGUUGGAUAAAUAAUCUAAAGAGCCAGUAAACUCAAGAACCAUGUUUUCUCAAAA